GAAAGAAGCGGAGAUAACAAAAUAUAGUAUGUAUCUAUUUAGAUUUAGACCAAAAUAAUAAUAGCAGCGGGAGUGAGUGUAGUAUUUAUUUUGUGAAUAAAGUGAGAGAGAGUGGUUGAUAACUCUUGGGGUUUCUGUAAAAUUUACCCAUAAAAUAAAGAGGGCCCAAAAAGUAAAAACAACAAAAAUCGGACUCCGGGGGCCGAGUCUGAGGAGGAGAUAAAGCCAGCAGCAGCCGCCGCCGCCGAAGAUAUGGAGAUGAUACCGGCGACAAGUUGCGAUGGCUUCCGAAGCCAAUUGGCCCUCCGUCACCCACCGUUCCCCUGCUUUCAGGUUCAAAGUCCUCUCGUCAGACUCAGCCGCGUCUCACGCUCAUGCCGCAGCAGCCGAUUUCACUCCCCGUCUUCUCCUCCAUCUACUUCUCUUCUCUGUCCAAGUCCAAUCCCCAACCGCAAAACCAACCGCCGCACCUUCUCCGUUCACUCGCUUCCCGAUCAAGCCCCCGCUUCUUCUUCCGGUUCGGUAACUAAGGUUGUUGAAGUUGACCCUUCUGUAGCUGUGAAGGUAAGAUCCGGAUUUCACCUCUCCUGUACAACAAUUGAAAAUGAAGAAGAAAUAGUUUUGAUUCAGAAGAAGGCGAUACAGAUUACCCCUGCGCUAAAAGGAACUUCCAUAUUUCUUGUUGGGAUAAACAGUUCCUUGAAAACUAGUGUUGGGCAACUUCUAGCGGAUGCACUGCGAUAUUAUUACUUUGACAGUGAUAGUUUGGUUGAGGAAGCUGGUGGUGGUGAAUCUGGUGGAAAAUCCUUUAGAGAGAGAGAUACAGCGGGGUUUCGGGAAUCAGAGAUUGAAGUACUGAAGCAGUUGUCAUCCAUGGGUCGGUUGGUUGUUUGUACAGGAAACGGUGCAGUUCAGACUGCAGCUAAUCUGGCAUUAUUGAGACACGGGCUUUCUAUCUGGAUUGACGUCCCUCUAGACAUGGUAGCGAUGGAUAUCAUAAGAAGUGGGAGUCAACUUUCUGCAUCAGAAAAUUUUGGUUCUGGAUCUUAUCCUGAGGUAUUUGAUCAGCUUGCUGAGUUGUACGAAGAGAUGAGAGGUGGAUAUGCUACAGCAGAUGCAACUGUUUCGCUUCAAAAGGUGGCUAACCAAUUAGGUUAUGAUGAAUUGGAUGCAGUAGCCAAAGAAGACAUUGCCUUGGAGGUUCUCAAGGAGAUAGAAAAGCUGAUUAGGGUAAAGAAGAUGAUGGAGGAGGCUGCCCGACCAUUCUAGCCUAUGAGGGCCAGUCUAUCAUAAGUCUUGUCUUUUGCACCAACUUACUUCUGGUUUUGUUGUGUACGCUAGCAUGUUACUGCACCUUUUGUAGGUAAUAUAUACAUCUAAAAGCUUCUUGUUGA